AUGUUAUCAGAGGGUGAACAUAUACACAAUAAAUCAUUAGCUCGUCCUAUCUUGUUAUAUCGAAGAAACGUUUCGCAAAUCUGUUACCUCAAUUCUAACUCAGAAGAGCAAAAUUUGGCUACUAAUUCCUUUAAUGAACAAAAAGACAAAAAUGAGAAUUCUACUAUGAACUUAGCUAAGCAAUCUUCCGAUGAUUUUGAACAAAACUUUAAUAAUGUAUUAAUGGAUAUAAAAAAGUGUCAUAUUUAUGGUGGACAAUAUCAAAUGGAGAGCCAUGAUCACGAAGAACUCUAUAAAAAAGUCGUACCCAAGGCUUGCAAUGCCACGAAGAAAUUAGGAUUGACGGAUAUACCAGAAAUUGAAAGUCAACUUAAAGAAAAGCUAGAACAGUACUUAAGAGAGGAAAUGGGACAACCGAUAAAGACUUAUGGUUCAUGGAAAGAUUACGUACGAUAUUUUUUGCAAAUGGAUAACACACUUUACGAUGUCAAUAAGCAUUUAUAUAAAAAUGGAUUUAAGUUUGAUGUAUAUAUAAUGGAAGAUGGUCAAUUAAUAUGUCAAAAACGAGUGCCUUUUAACAUACCCGUUAUUCAAGUUCAACUAUCUUCUGGGGAACAGUUAGAAUUGUUAUCACUACUAUGGCUAUUUGGAAGUAAAAACUUGGCAAAAGCAAAUGAUAGCGGAAUCAUUUUACUAGAUGAACCGGAUGCCCAUCUUCACCCAAGCUUAGUUCAAGAAGUCAUUGAAACUAUUAAAACUAAAUUGAUAUCCAAGCUUGGCAUUCAGGUUAUCAUGACUACUCAUUCCCCUACAACAGUGAGCCUUGCCCCAAAAGACUGUAUCUAUGUUAUGACAGAAAAUAAUAUGACAAAAGAGAUCAAGAUUGAAAAAGCUGCAAGUAAGCGGCAGGCAAUACAGUUAUUAACAGCAGAAUUUGUCCAUGUCAAUUUACCCUUUCGAAUGGUCUUCGUUGAAGCUCGAGAUGAUAAGAAAUUUUACACAAUGAUUCAAGAUAAAUUAGCUAGGGAACGUUUAAUCGCAAGUACUUACCCAUUGCUAUUUAUGGCCGUUGGCAAGCACAAAAAAAGGCCAGACUCUGCAGAUGAGAGUGGUAGCAGGAUGAUUGAAAAGUCAUGUAGAGCUUAUGUGGAAAACAUUGUGGAAUCUUGCGUAAAUGAGAGCGAUGAAGAUCAGAGUUUAAGGGAAUUUAUAUUUGGGUUAGUUGAUAACGAUAAUAGAGAAGAUCCCAAAUUAUAUAACAUUCGAUGCUUAAAGAGAUAUAGCAUAGAAAACUAUCUUUAUGAUCCGAUACAUAUAUAUUAUUAUUUGAGAAGCAAAAACAAAGCGGAAGAGAUGAAAAGCGAAAUCAAUAAUCAUUCAGUAACAGAACAUCCCGAUCUUUUAUCUGGUUUUUUCGAGAAAGGAAGGGCUGCUCAACUAACUAAAGUAUUGCAAAUAAUUAUCGACGUCGUAAGCAAAAAACUGAUUGAUGCGGUAGAAAAAUUUAUCAAAUUCAAGAAUAAAUUUGAAGAGUGCGUUAAAAAAUUGGAAUCACUGCUUACUAAUCUUGAAAAUAAGACAGAAACAUCAGAAAAGGAAUCGACGAUAGAAGAUUUCGAAACAACAUGUAAACUUGUCCAUAGCGAAGGUAAUUUAUUAGAUUACGCAAAGAAAAUCCGUGAACGUUCAAAGUGCAAAGAUGUUCUUAAGGAGCUAAUAGAUCUUGCUCGAAAAGUUAUCAAAGCUAUCGAUAACUUAGGGAGUGACAAAAAUAAUCUUAUCAGGAAGCGAGAGGAUUUAGAAGAGGUUUAUGAGUUAAUAAAAUGUAAAGAAGAAGUGUCUUUUGGGAAUGGUGUUAUGGGUACCUUAUCUUAUCCUAAAGUGAUAUUAAAAAUGAGAGGACACGAUUUAGUGACCUUUUAUACAGCAAUCUACCCAUCUUUACCUAAAUUCAAUUCUGAGAUGAUUGCCUUCUUAACACGUAACCAAAUUUUGAUACCAGAAGAUUUGAUACAAAUUUUUCAAUCUCUUCAAAAGCCAGAUGUUAAGUUACAACGUCAAUAUACCAGAAAUGUAAGUAGAGAGGAUACAGAGAAAAAUAAUACUAAAUUAAUGAGAAGAUCAAAGGAACAGGCUCGCCAGUUGAGAGAUUUGCAAAAUAAAAAUGAGAAGUUGACAAAGCGAAACGAAGAAUUGAGAAUGCAAAAAAAGAUUUUAAAUGACUGCCUAAGUCAAGUUGAGCAGGAAAUGAGGUCUGAGCAAUCCGAAGAUGUGCGUACUAAUAUGCUUCGUUACUUCUCUACUAUAAGAGAGAAAAUGACAAAUAAAGAACACGAAUGUAAUGAUCCAGAAGACUUAACAAACGGCCAAGAUGGAAUUGUGAAUGGUUUCUCAGUUUAA